AUUGCCACCUGUACCCUCAAUAACGCAUUUUUCUCUUCCCUCCGCGGCGAGUAAAAACAACAUCACAAGAGCCCAGGGUCUAAUUCCUGCCAACAUGAUAUCGGCGGAACUAGAAGCUGGUGUGCCAACGCAAACAGGAGGAAUUUGGAGGAAAGAUCCCGUGGAACAACUGACACAAGCUCCCAAAGUGCAGAAGGUCGUUGAGAAUGCCGCGGAAAAGGAAGUCAUAAAGCAAUUCAACAAUCUGGCUGGUGUGAGAUCAAAGGAUAUUUUUUCUGAAAUAAACUUCUUGAAGAAAGUCAUCAGUUAUUGGUCAUAUCUUGAUCUGUCCUUUCAUAAACCGCUUGUUGAAAAAUGGCGAGUGCUAGAAUCCAUGAAUAAAGAUCUAGAGAACGAAUCUCUCAUGUGUGUCUUUUUCGAACUGGCGAAUUUUUCCAAUGGUUUUGCCAAUGCUGCAUCUCACAUGACCGGGUACUUGGUUAGCGAAAUUCUAAAAAUGGGCAAGGAGAAUGGCGCUAAAACAGAAAAAACAAUGGGAAGCUAG